CUCUCCGACAGACCACGUUAACCCAAUGGAUCAAAUCGUGUAUAGACCUUGGGACAACAAUGAACCUGAUUGGCCAACAUUGCCAGAUCCAUCUCCGGGAUCUCCUCAAGAUAGAGCCAAGAAUCCAACUGGGUUAACAGCUCAGCUUGUUCUCUGCGCUACUAUUGGCACAUUGUGCUUUCUGCUCUUUUGCUUAUUACGAGUCAGAUGGAACUCCAUGUACGCUCCUCGACUUCGAAUGAAAAAACAUGCACCACAGCGACUACCGGAUACCAUGUUUGGAUGGAUUCUUCCUCUUAUUCGGAUCCCUCAUACUGAAGUGUUAGAAAAAGUUGGUUUGGAUGCCGUAGUGAUGCUUCAAUUCUUAUUGACUGGAGCAAAAUUAUUCGCUCUCUGUGGUUUCUUUGGUACUGCUGUUCUCAUUCCGCUUAACGGCAUGAACGGAAUCGCAAACACUACGGAUCCCAUUCAUAACGAAACAAUGUUGUUUGAUCCGUCCGAACCGGCUCCUCCACACAAUAGCAACUCCGUUCUUUGGGCAUAUUUAUUCUUUACUUACUUUUUCUGCUUUGCGGCAUUUUAUUUUACCUUUCGAAACUACCGGGACUACAUUCGUAUGCGUAGAAAAUAUGGACUUCAAACAGCUACUACCUUGCCAGCCCGCACAGUUAUGGUCACAGGAAUCCCUCCCGAGUUGCGAUCCGAUCGCAAGUUGGCAGAAUAUUUCGAAAGUCUCGGCCUUGGAGUUGUGGAAUCUGUACACGUAGUCAAGCAUGUUAGUCAGCUCUCAGAGCUGAUCAGAGAAAGGGCAAGAUGUUUGCGCAGAUUGGAGCUAUCUUACGCUAGAUAUUGGGGAAAUCCUUGCAACGAUCCUGACUAUGACCCAGAUGAACUCCUGAUGCAAGCGGAACAAAGCGACCAUAUCAACACCAUUGAUUUCGCUCCACAUCAACCUGAACGUGAUCGUCUUCCACUUUUCAAACCUCGGCGUUCUAGACCUACUGUACGAGAUGGCAUGCUUGGUAUUACUGGCAAGAAGGUGGAUGCUAUUGAAUACUACUCUGACCAAUUUAAUUACUUGGACGACAUUGUCAUUAAAGCCCGGCGACUAGGAAGAUACCCACCAUCAACUGUUGGAUUUGUUACUUUCGAAAGUGUUAUUAGCGCGACAAUUGCAGUGCAGACACUUUUACAUCCUGGUCCUUUUCUAGUACGUACUCAAGCCGCCCCUGAGCCUCGUGAUAUUUUAUGGAAUAAUGUCGCCAUCCGGGGCCGUGAGCGUCUUAUUCGCAAGUCCUUUGUUUAUGUCAUUUUGCUCUUAAUCAUCUUCCUUUGGGGUGUCCCGAUCGGCUUCUUAUCAACUUUCACCAAUGUCGAGUCAUUGGAGAGAUACUUACCAUGGUUAGUGGACUUGGCUAAUAAGAACAAAAUCUUGCAACAAAUUGUGUAUGGAUUCGUACCCACCUUAUCCGUAGUCAUCUUCAUGGCAAUUUUACCGGUAGUGUUCAAUUUCCUCAGUGUGAUAGAAGGCAUUCAAUCUCGUAGUGAAGCUGAAGAAGCAACCUUUAGCAAGUACUUCUUCUUUCAACUGUGGAACGUUUUCUUUGUAUUCACGGUUGCAAGUACUGUUUUUACCUUGCGAGAGAUUAUCGAAGACCCAAAGCAAAUUCCAAAUGUUUUAGCCACGAAACUUCCCCAAGUUGCCCCUUUCUUCGUCAACUAUACCAUUAUACAGGGAAUGAUGCUGCUGCCCAUCCAACUUCUUCAAAUUGGCCCUGUUAUUGUCCAGCUCUUCCGUCGAUGGUUCUUAUGCAAGACCCCCCGUGACUAUGCUGAAAUACUCGCACCAACAAUGUAUAACUAUGGAUGGGGCUAUCCAAUGCCAGUCUUUAUAUUUAUCAUAGUUUUAAUCUACUCUACUAUGUCUCCUCUCAUCUUGGUAUUUGGGACUAUCUACUUUGGUUUGGCUUAUCUGGUUCUCAAGUAUCAACUUUUAUAUGGUUCGUGUUACCAACUUUCUAUUUCUUGAUCUAAUAGGCCAUAUGGUCUGUAGAGCCCUAA